AUGCCGCCGGUAACCUUUUCCCAAACGCCCGGUCCGCUUGGAGACCUCUUCCACUCCUCGGGUUGCUCUCACGCCGCCAAGAUCCCGUUGUCCGGAUCCCUCGUCACAACCGCGGGUCAGCCAGGAUUCGAUCUCAAGACCUGUCAGCUUGUCACUUCGUCUCUGCGUGAUGAGGUCAACGCCUGCUUCGACUGCGUGGAGGCUGCAUUGAAAUCUGCUGGGGUCUCACAGGGUCUGAGUGCUGUUCACAAGUUUACAGCAUUUCUCAUCGACAUGAAGGUGGAGGAGACGAUGAUGGAGGUCUGGAGGAGCAGGGUUCCGGGGCAUCGCCCAACUUGGGUAACUGUUGGAGUGGCUGAACUAGCUGUGUCAGGCAUGCACCUCGAGUUACAGGCCGAGGCAGUUUUGUUGGAGUAG